CGCAAUCCAAUUCAGGCCGCCGCUCCUCAGCCUCCCGAAAUCAUCCCCAACGAAUCCUCCUCCACGGCAUCCCUCAUCGACGUCGACAUGCCCAGCGUGCACACCGUGCCGCCCGACUUCCUCGAGCAGGACGUGCAGACGGAGACGCAAGCGGAGCGCAUCCAGCGCGAGCAGGAAGCCGCCGAGCGGGCCAAGCAGCAGCAGCAGCAGCGGGAGGCGGCCGCCGCGGCCAAGAAGAAGGCCGCCAGCAAGGCCAAGAGGGCCGACUCGUGGCUGACGCGCCAGUUCUCGCAGCUGUCCGACGGCAGCGUGACGGCGAUUGCGCUGGCCAACGUGGCGGGCGUCGUGGGCGUCAGCGGGUUCCUGGGCUACCGCGCCUGGGGCCUGUACGAGAGGCGGGUGCUGGACUGGAAGCAUGUUGGCGUGGGCGUCGGCGUGCUUGCUGCCGUCGGUGCGGUGGAGGCGGUGCUCGGACGUUAUUUGUACAAGAGCAAGGAGAGCGAGUCUCGAUAA